GCUGCUCCAGUGUUUCGGGGUCCCGGGAGCUGUGGGAGGAGCCGGCGGCCUCACCGUGGUAACCGCAGCGCCGCCGCCGCCCAGCCUUGCAGGCCUCGGGACUGUCACCGCCUAGGCUGUGAGGGUACUUUGGCCGGGUCCCCGGAAGUAGCCUUCCCAGACUCUCAGACACCCCCAUCCUCCCCACAACGCUACCGACGCCGCCAUGCAAGGCGAGGACGCCAGAUACCUCAAAAGGAAAGUUAAAGGGGGAAAUAUUGAUGUCCAUCCAUCAGAAAAAGCUCUCAUCGUUCAAUAUGAAGUGGAAGCUACCAUUCUUGGAGAAAUGGGGGAUCCCAUGUUGGGGGAAAGAAAGGAAUGUCAAAAAAUCAUUCGUCUGAAGAGUCUCAAUGCUAACACAGAUAUCACCUCCCUGGCCCGAAAAGUAGUUGAAGAAUGUAAACUCAUUCAUCCCUCAAAGCUGAAUGAGGUAGAGCAGCUGCUGUACUAUCUACAGAACCGCCGUGAUUCAUUGUCAGGAAAAGAAAAAAAAGAAAAAUCAAGCAAGCCUAAAGAUCCACCUCCUUUUGAAGGGAUGGAGAUUGACGAAGUGGCCAACAUUAAUGACAUGGAUGAGUACAUUGAGCUGUUGUAUGAAGAUAUUCCAGACAAGGUUCGGGGUUCUGCCUUGAUCCUACAGCUGGCUCGAAAUCCUGAUAACUUGGAAGAACUACUAUUAAAUGAAACUGCCCUUGGUGCGCUAGCAAGAGUCCUGAGAGAAGACUGGAAACAAAGUGUUGAGUUAGCUACAAACAUCAUUUAUAUUUUCUUUUGUUUCUCUAGCUUUUCUCAUUUUCAUGGACUCAUCACACAUUAUAAAAUUGGAGCUCUGUGUAUGAAUAUCAUUGAUCAUGAGUUAAAAAGACAUGAGCUUUGGCAAGAAGAACUUUCUAAGAAGAAGAAAGCUGUUGACGAAGACCUUGAAAAUCAAGCAUUGAGAAAGGAUUAUGAUAAAACCUUUAAAAAGUACCAGGGACUUGUGGUAAAGCAAGAACAGCUAUUGAGAGUUGCUCUCUAUUUACUUUUGAAUCUUGCUGAGGACACACGUACAGAACUGAAGAUGAGGAACAAGAAUAUAGUUCACAUGUUGGUGAAGGCUCUUGAUCGGGACAAUUUUGAGCUGCUCAUUCUAGUUGUGUCAUUCUUAAAGAAACUCAGUAUUUUUAUGGAGAAUAAAAAUGACAUGGUGGAGAUGGAUAUUGUUGAAAAACUGGUGAAAAUGAUACCCUGUGAGCAUGAAGAUCUCCUGAAUAUCACCCUCCGGCUUUUAUUAAACCUCUCGUUUGACACAGGCCUGAGGAACAAGAUGGUACAAGUCGGGCUUCUCCCAAAGCUCACCGCACUCCUAGGCAAUGAAAACUACAAACAAAUAGCAAUGUGUGUGCUUUACCAUAUAAGCAUGGAUGACCGCUUUAAAUCAAUGUUUGCAUAUACUGACUGCAUACCACAGUUAAUGAAGAUGCUCUUUGAGUGUUCAGAUGAACGAAUUGACUUGGAGCUGAUUUCUUUCUGCAUUAAUCUUGCUGCUAACAAGAGAAAUGUCCAGCUCAUCUGUGAAGGAAAUGGGCUAAAGAUGCUCAUGAAAAGAGCUUUGAAGCUCAAGGACCCCCUGCUGAUGAAGAUGAUCAGAAAUGUCUCCCAGCAUGAUGGACCCACCAAAAGUUUGUUCAUCGAUUAUGUUGGGGACCUUGCAGCUCAGAUUUCCAGUGAUGAAGAGGAGGAGUUUGUAAUUGAGUGUUUGGGAACUCUGGCAAAUCUGACCAUCCCAGACCUAGACUGGGAGCUGGUUCUGAAGGAGUACAAGCUAGUUCCAUUCCUCAAAGAUAAGCUGAAGCCAGGUGCUGCAGAGGAUGACCUUGUUUUAGAAGUGGUUAUAAUGAUCGGAACUGUAUCUAUGGAUGAUUCUUGCGCUGCACUGCUAGCUAAAUCUGGAAUAAUCCCGGCACUCAUUGAACUGCUGAAUGCUCAGCAAGAAGAUGAUGAAUUUGUGUGUCAGAUAAUUUAUGUCUUCUACCAGAUGGUUUUCCAUCAGGCCACAAGAGAUGUCAUAAUCAAGGAAACACAAGCUCCAGCAUAUCUCAUAGACCUGAUGCAUGAUAAGAAUAAUGAAAUCCGGAAAGUCUGUGAUAACACAUUAGAUAUUAUCGCAGAAUAUGAUGAAGAAUGGGCAAAGAAAAUUCAGAGUGAGAAGUUUCGCUGGCAUAACUCUCAGUGGCUGGAGAUGGUUGAGAGUCGCCAGAUGGAUGAGAGCGAACAGUACUUGUAUGGUGAUGAUCGAAUUGAGCCAUACAUCCAUGAAGGGGACAUUCUUGAAAGGCCUGACCUUUUCUACAACUCAGAUGGAUUGAUUGCUGCUGAAGGAGCCAUAAGCCCAGAUUUCUUCAAUGAUUUUCACCUCCAGAAUGGAGAUGUGGUUGGGCAGCACUCAUUCCCUGGCAGCCUCGGAAUGGAUGGCUUUGGCCAGCCUGUGGGAAUUCUGGGACGUCCUGCCACCGCAUAUGGAUUUCGCCCUGAUGAACCUUACUACUACAGCUUUGGGUCUCGAUAAAGUCACUCCUUUCUAUUUGUACACUCAGCUGAGGAGAAAUCUGUGUGGUGUUGGUUAACCUUGAAUCUUGACUUAAUAAUGCAUGUUGAUACUCCUGUGGGGCUGUGUUUCUUCUUUCUCCAUGUUGUUAGCUACAGGUUAACUCUGACCCUCACGCCUUCUCUUAAAUACAGUUGAUGCUCCAGUGUUCACUCAUCCAGACACAUCUUGAGGAGAAUAAUAUUUCCCAUGAGACUGUUGCGAAACUACUAGCCUGGAAAAGCAAAUACUACAUUAUGUACAUUAAGUGACUAAUUUCUAUUAAAAAGUGGCAUUCAUGCAAAGGAA